ACACCUCAUUUUCAAUUUCGGCAAUCCUUUCUAGAAUUCCCAUUUUGUUUUCUGGCAACUCAAAACAAAAACAACACGAAAUAAACAAACAAAAUUAAACACCACAAAACACCACUCCUUGUCCAAUUCAAGAUGGCGUCUGAAAGAACCACGUUUACGUUGGUUUAUGUACUCCUACAUGAAGCACCGAGGACCCAACCGCUGGACAUCUCAAAUUUGGUGGCGCCAAAGCUCGGGAAAUACAAAAAUUUCUCAAGAAAGCCGGAGAAAUAAAAUAUUUAUCCCAAAAAGAAAGCAAACUUAAUCCUUUUCAAUCUCGAGUAAUCCUUCAUUAUGUCUGCAGACCAAGUUAGUCUGUGUUUUCUAUGUUAUUUCGACUUUAUGAUUUUUUGCAAAAAUAACAAAAUGAGAAAAACGUUGAUAUCUUUUUCGUUGUUUAAAGGUACAUAGCUGUGAAGAUACUACACCGUCGUCGCCUGAAAUCCACUUUGAACCGGUUGUCACUUUGGCGAAAGUUGAUGUGAAGACUUUUGAAGAAAACGAAGAAGAGAUGGUUAAAUUGUAAGGAAGAAAUGCUGAAACUUUUAUUUAAACAUUCAAUGAUGAAACUUUAUCUUUUGUAUGUUUAUUUUCUCAGGAGAGCAAAGUUAUUUCGGUAUAUUAUUGGUCAGCAUGACACUAGCCCGGAAUGGAAAGAACGAGGGAUUGGGGAUGUUAAAAUAUUAAAGAAUCGAGCAAAACAUUCGUAUAGGCUUGUAAUGCGACGUGAAAAGACCUUGAAAGUGUGUGCAAAUCAUUUCUGUAAGUUCUAGCAGAAAAAUUAUGUAGCAUAUAUAUAUAUAUAUAUAUAUGGUCACAUGGCAUAUCACAGCGUAUUUGUCAUAGGCAUUUUCGGGAGAUGUGCCCCCCCUCUCCCCUCCACACACACAACCAGCAAGGCCCAUCACAUCUCAAAGGUGUACACUAUUCUCAAAAGGUCAGAAUAGAAAUCAUUUGAAAGCAUCUGGAGUGAUGAAACAAGGGUGCACCCCCCUGAAAAUUAUGUAACACCCCCGCCACAAAUUAAUGCCCCGAGAUGAGCCUGGUUUUUGCUGCUAUUAGGAGGUCACAGAAGGUGAAGGUUACCCCCAACAAAUAUAUGGGCAACUAUUGGGUCAUUCCAGAAAAGAUUCACACCCCCCCCCCCCAAGGAAGAAAUUUCUCCUCCGUGGGGGAGGUAUGGAUGUUUUCUGGAAUGACCCAUUUCCCCUCCAGCCCUCAGCAGUGCAAAAAUAGUGUCAUAACAACAUUUCUUGUCAUUUAGUAACCAAAGAUAUGGAACUAAAACCAAACUGUGGCAGUGAUCGAGCGUGGGUGUGGAAUGUCUCGGCCGAUUAUGCAGACGAGGAACCGAGAAAGGAAACGCUGGCCAUCAGAUUUGCCAAUGCUGAAAGUAUGUUGAAUCUGUUUUAUUGGGUCAUUCCCAUAAAACAUCCAUAUCUUCCUUGAGGAGGAAAUUGGAAGUUAAAACCAGGGCUCCUAAUACACUUACAGAAAAAACAUCCCCCCCCCUUGGAUCUUUGGGAAUGACCCAUUGUAUUUCAUAUUUAGAUGCAAAAAAGUUCAAGGAGGUGUUUGAUAAAUGCAAGGAGAAGGUCGGAAACCCUGCCAACGAUGUGGAGAGUGAGAAAUUAGCUAACGAACUUGAGAGUUUGAAAGUAAACGACGAUAGUGAAAAACCAAAUGAACAGGGUGAUGAACCAAAGGAAAGUUCAGGAGAAGGAACGAGCACCGAAACAAACGCCGAAGAACCGCAAGAGAAAGUCGAGGAAACAGAAAAGGAACCAGACACUGUGACAGAGAGCAAAUCUGAAACCUCAGAUAAUCCACCUGAAAAGACUGAUGAUAGCCCACCUUCAGAUCAAUGAGACUUUAAUUCUAUAACUGUUUUAAAAUUUUGGAUUUCUCUUCAUGAAAAUAUCUACAAUAAAUAUACCUCUGAACUCAUAUUUUAACUUUCCUGAAAAGGUUUCUUCAAGUUUUAGAAUUUUCAACAAAGUUGCUCAAUUUAAUUCAAGUUUUGAUAUGCAUGUUGGUUUAUAUGAAAACAAGCAGUUUUAUAAACCUGAAUUGACAUUAUUGGGUUUAAAUACUUAAGGAAUUCUGUGUUGUGGAAUUCAUGUUGGUGUGACAUGAUAAAAUUGUACAUGUGAAUUUUGAAAUAUAAUGGUGCUAUACAAAAUACAAGUUGUGAUGAAAUGAUUUAAUUUAAUUUAUAUACCCUGCUGUAACAGAAUUUUAUUAAAUUCUAAUUUAAAAUUGGUUUAAAUUAAACUUUAUUUGAAAGCCUCUACAAAAUUUUACAUAAAGCAAAGCAUGUAUAAAUGAUCUGGUUGUAUGAGUUACAAAAUGUUCUAAUGUUUUAUUAAAAGUUCUAAUAUUUUAUUAGAGUGUUUAUGGGUUUUCCACAAAUACAAAAAAAUACAAAUAAAUGUCUUGGUUGUUAGGUAAAGAUGGGUUAUAAAAACAAUUUUCAUAAAUUUAGUGCAAGCUUAUAGCAGUAUGAAUGAAUGGUGCAUAUGUGUUCUUCUAUUUGACUAAAAGCAUUUAAUUAUAAUCUAUAGCAAUUUUUAGCAAAUUUUCCUAAUUAUGAUGCCGCAAUAGAUGCACGCUACAGUUCAUCUUUGUCUUUCUUCAGAUAAUCCGUGAACGAUGCCAAAAUAUCGAGACGACUUUUAAACAUUGCCUUCUUAGCAUCGCUCACUUUCUCAUUCAGGAGCUUGUUAACCCUUGCCGUUUCGCUGCUCACAAAUUCCACUCCUUUUUCUUUGAUCUUCUUCAUCGUGCUGACAUACAUUUUCGCAGUCAGUUGGUCUUUCUCUUCGACCACGUUCAUAGCUUCUUCAGCCUUGGCGAUAAAAUCAUCGUACUUGUCCUGGUCGGCUUUCAAGAACUCCACAACAAGUUUGUCGAAGCUUUCCAAAGUGUUUGGCUUGCCUAA